AUGGAGCCUUGUAUUUUAACAAUGUCCGAUGAUUUAACAAAAAUUUUCCGACCGCCGGUUAAAUGUGAAAUUUGUCGUGGUGUUAAAAAAAUUGAAAAAGUUUCAAAUUUAUCACCGGAUGUAUUCGAAGAAAGGUAUGCUUACACUGGAAAACCCGUCGUCAUAGUCGACGGCAUGAAAAAUUGGACGGCGCAAAACGUUUUCGAUUUUGAAUUUUUUAAAAAAAUAUACACGGAAAGAAUGGGAGAAUGGAGUCAACACAAUUGUCAAUUUUUCCCAUAUAAAACGGAAUUUAAACAUUUGGGACAAGUUUUUAACAUGAGUAAAGAAAGAGCGUAUCUUUUAAAAGGUACCGAACCUUGGUACGUCGGAUGGAGUAAUUGCGAUAAUGAAAUAAAUCAAAUAUUAAGACGCCAUUAUGAAAAACCAUAUUUUCUACCGGAAACGGCGGAAACUAAAAAACUCGAUUGGAUAUUUAUGGGUAGCACCGGUUACGGUGCUCCAAUGCACGUUGAUAAUGUCGAACAUCCAUCUUGGCAAGCGCAAUUAAAAGGGAAAAAAAAAUGGGAAUUGCAACCCCCUCCAGAAUGUUAUUACGAAUGUGAUAGCGUUCAAGUCGUCGUGGAACCUGGAGAAAUAAUUGUUUUGGAUACAAAUCUUUGGUAUCACAGUACGAAAAUUGUUUCCAAUGACAUGAGCGUAACCAUCGGUGCUGAAUAUGAUUAA